CAGAUCCACACGGUUCUUGAAGUAAUCCUUUUUUUUUUGACUCUACAGGUUCAGGCUCAAGUUGUGAUCCUUGUCACGGAACAUAUCAAGGAUCAAAGCCAUUCUCAGAACCUGAGACGCUUAGCGUCAAAACAUUGCUGGAAUCACUGGGGUCAAGGCUGCAAGGCUUCCUGGACGUGCAUUCGUACAGUCAGAUGUGGUUUAUUCCAUGGGGACAUACUAAGAAUAAAACUAAAGACUAUCAAGAGCAGAUGAGGGUCGCAGAGCUCGCUUGUAGAGCAAUAAAAGAGUCUGAUAUCGCAGCAAACUACUCACACGGGCAGUCUUCAAGGCUGAUGUACGGCGCAUCUGGGGUAGCAGAAGACUGGGUCUACGGUAACCUUGGAGUUCGUUAUUCGUUUUCAGUGGAGCUUCGAGAUACUGGACAUUAUGGAUUCCUGUUGCCUGCCAGGUUUAUACGUCAAUCUGGCGCUGAAAUGCUCAAAGCACUCAAUGCAAUUAUCAUGGCGAUGAAGUUAUGAAAAGUACCCGGCUGCUCAGCCAAGUGUUGAUUAAGCUAACUCGCAUGACAAGAAUAAAAUUGUGGCACAGACAUUUGUAUAUCUUAGUUUA